UAAAAAAGAAAAAAAAAAAGACUUCAUCUCUACUCUCUUCCUCUCGACUUCCAAAUCCUCCUCAUCUCCAUAUCUUGCUUUCUCUCAUGAGAAAUUGAAUCUCACUGUCUGAUUUUAAUCUCGCUGGAAACCACGAAUUCAUGGCGAGAACUCUGAUUUCAUCACCGUCGUUCAUCGGCUCGCCUCUCCCGUCUUCUAUCUCUCGCCACGGAAUUUUCACGCUCCCUCACCGGAGACUUUCCAGCACCAGAGUGAGGUUCAGUUUCCAUGAUAUACCUCCAGUCCACUCCCUUGACUCUUCUGUUGACUUCAACGCCAUCGUUAGCAGAGCCGAAAGUCUCCUCUAUACUCUAGCAGAUGCCACGGUUGCAGUGGAUUCUGCUACCAGCACCUCAAGCGCCACCGUGCAGAAGAGUGGCGGCUGGUUCGGGUUUAUAUCGGAGGCUAUGGAAUUUGUUCUGAAGGUGUUGAAGGAUGGACUCUCCGCCCUACAUGUGCCAUACGCCUAUGGAUUUGCUAUUAUAUUGCUCACUGUCAUUGUAAAGAUCGCUACAUUACCUCUGACAAAGAAACAGGUUGAAUCGACUCUAGCUAUGCAGAAUCUUCAACCAAAGAUUAAAGCCAUUCAGCAAAGAUAUGCAGGAAAUCAAGAAAGAAUACAACUCGAGACAUCACGUCUCUACAGGCAGGCUGGGGUAAAUCCAUUGGCAGGUUGUUUCCCUACUUUAGCUACAAUACCAGUCUGGAUAGGUCUAUAUCAAGCUCUUUCCAAUGUUGCAAAUGAGGGACUGUUGACAGAAGGUUUCUUUUGGAUCCCUUCUCUGGGUGGGCCAACUACAAUUGCUGCUCGGCAAAGUGGAUCUGGCAUUUCUUGGCUUAUUCCAUUUGUGGAUGGCCAUCCACCACUAGGUUGGCCUGAUACCGCUGCAUACCUUGUUUUACCUGUACUCCUAGUCAUUUCUCAAUAUGUCUCAAUGGAGAUAAUGAAACCUCCCCAGACUGAUGAUCCAGCUCAGAAGAACACAUUGCUUGUUUUCAAGUUUCUCCCGCUUAUGAUUGGAUACUUUUCUUUGUCUGUCCCCUCUGGCUUAUCCAUUUACUGGUUUACAAACAAUGUUCUCAGCACAGCACAACAAGUGUGGUUACGCAAAUUAGGUGGUGCAAAGCCUGUUGUUAGUGAAGAUGCAAGUGGAAUAAUCACUGCAGGACGUGCAAAGCGAUCAGCUUCUCAGCCUGCACGGGCUGGUGAAAGGUUCAGGAAAUUAAAAGAGGAAGAGAAGAGAGAGAAGUUGGCCAAGGCUGUACCAGAAGAUGGGGUUCAGAGUCCAGAUUCUGGAUCUGAUUUAGAUGAGGACUCUGAUGAAGAAGAGACUACGAACAAGGGUGGUGGGGUUCUUGAAGAGGUAUAUGCUUCCAGCACAAGUAAACAGGUUCCAGACAUUUCUCGGCCAAGGAGAAGCAAACGAUCAAAGAGAAAACGUGCUGUAUAAAGGACUAUAUACUGAAAUAAUUUGUAGUUCAAGUGCAUAUUCAUCAAUGCUCCCCUUUGUUACUAAAGAAUACAAGAAAAUGGGAAGGAAGAUCAUGCUUAGUUUAAAUUGCUCUUGGUGGAGCUAUCUUAUUCUUUGUGGAACAAAUGGACCCAUUACAACAAGCAGGGUUGAGAAGGUGAAAGUAUGAUUUCCAUUGGACCUUGUAUAUCAUCUUGCGGAAAACUUGAUUGCUUUAGGUACCUGGUACUAUAGCUCUUCUCUCCAUAUGCUCUGUCAUCCCCUACAGUCUAAUGUAUUUUGUAGGAGCUAACAUGCAUGCUUCAUCUUUGAAAUUUUGUCUAGACUUAGAAAUUCAACUUCUAUGAUGAUAAUUGCUUCAGACAUGAGUCUUGGUCUUGAAAUAAGUACCAAAUACAGGCUGGAUUUGUUAUA